AUGGAUCUAACCCCAACGAAAGAGGGCAAAGUAGCCUUCCGACUCCCAUCACGCCCAGAUACGGAAUGCUUUACGAGCUACAAGAUCUUCGGCGACCUGACCUGCGGCGUGCCUCCUCUUCUAGCCCUCCAUGGCGGUCCCGGAUCCGGACAUGAAUACCUCAUCACCUUUGCAAACCUCUGGCCGCGCUACGGCAUUCCCGUCAUCUUCUACGACCAGAUUGGCUGCGGAGCAUCAACGCGUCUUCGCCAGUUCCUCGGUGACGCUGAAGUGUGGAGCGAGGCUAGAUUCGUUGCGGAGCUGGAGAAUAUCAUCGAGCACCUUGGACUUCACGACUUGCCCUCCGGCUUCGAUAUCUUGGGACACAGCUGGGGCGGCAUGCUGGCUGCGGCGUACGCCACUCAGCGUCCCCGCGGGCUACGCCGCUUGGUCAUUGCGUGUUCAACGGCGUCGGCCAGAGCCUUCUCGGCAUCAAUGGAUUCACUGAUCGCGCACUUUCCUCCCGAACAGCGCAAGGCAAUGGAAGACGCCAAGCACAACGACGCUUACGACUCGCCGGAGUGCAGGGCUGCGGGCCUCGUCUUGCUCAAACGCCACUUCUACCGCCUCGAGCCGUUCCCGCCGCCGGAGCUGGAGAUGCGCAUGAAACAUCAGGCGGAGGAUCCUACUUCCUUUCGGUCCAUGUAUGGCCCAGGGCCUAACAAAUGUACCGGCACGCUGUCGGAGUGGACGUGCGUGGAGCGCUUGCCGAACAUCAACGUUCCUACCCUCAGCUACAAUGCCGAGUUUGAUACGGCGAGCGACGCGGUGUGCGCGCCGUUUUUUGAGCUCAUUCCGCGCGUGCGUUGGGUGACGUUUCCCGGUGGUGGGCACAUGUGUCAUUUGGAAGGGGAGUUGCGUGAGAAGGUGCUGGUUACCGUGGCGGGUUUCUUGACGGGCAAGUAUGGGGAAUAA